AGUAUAUUUAGAGAAAAAUAUCCGGACUAUAGUUUUUUCUUCAAACGUACAUCAUGAAUUCACUAUCUAUGAAUUCAAUUCCUAGUCUACGGAAUGAUUCCCCUACUAUUUAUCCUGAAUCUGCCGAUGGUACCCUUGUAAUAAUGGUUGUUCGUGCCAAACAUUUACCAAACCGAAGGAAGUUAGAUAAACAAUCUCCCUAUGUUACGGUCAGAUUAGGAACCACGGCUAAGAAAACACCAGCUGCUUUUCGAGGAGGGCAAGUACCUGAAUGGACCCAUGAAAUACGAUUCCCCUUGACGCGAGAUCGGAAACCGAUCUUGAAGUUGGAUGUAUUAGAUGAGACCAAGGGGGACCCUACACCUAUAGGAAAUGCCGAGAUUGACUGCUCAGUAUUGUUUACACGAGAGGAGGAGAAUGGGAAAUAUAUAUAUGAUAACUGGUUUGAAUUGUCUCAGGGUGGAAAAAGGGCAGGCAUGGUUUACCUUGAAAUGACAUUUUACCCAAGUGCUCCAGUAUUACCCUCCAAGAUCCCCAUUUACCCCCAUGACCAAGUUGUAACACAAGAAGAAAAUUACGACGUCCAUGAUAGCUACCAUGAACAACCAGUUUAUCACCGUCCUCAAGUUCCUCACAAAGAGGAUGUGUUUGUAAAUCUGGAAAGCUCCACUUCGAGCAAGGGAUCAUCGACUUUUCUGCACAAUACUGGAAAGCAUUACAAUGAAAGUACAGGGACAGUAAACUCGGCUUCAGCAGUAUUUGUGAACGAGCAACAAUAUCAAGAAAAUCUAAAGGGUGCAAAGAAAUACGCAUUGAAAUUUGCUAAAUUGAAAAGCAAAUUCAACACAAGAGAACCAUUAAAUACACUUUGGGGUGGAAAUGAAAGCUCCACACUUAGUAACCAUUUGAGUUCAUCCCCUUCCAAGAGAGUGGUGUCUCCACUAAGUGAAUACGGAUCUGAUGACAAUAGCCCGUAUUCGCAUCAUGAAGAAGAUAUACAAUUCAUAUCCCCACCUGAACCACCUAGACGAGAUUUCAAAAUCGUACCACCACCCCGAUCCCCUACACCACCGCCAAAAUCUCCCUCUAAAUCCCCUUUGCUGGAGUCAAGACGAUCUCCGAGAAGAAAGCCACCUGCAGAUAUUCCCUUUGAAGUAGGUAAGCUUAAGGAUAGCACAUCGAUACCUUUUUCUGCAGAUACUAUUGGUUUGGAAGAUAGUGAGGGUUUACCCACUAAGGUUUACUUACUUGAUCAACCCGUCAAAUCGCUUAGUUAUUCCGCGGACAAUAUUAUUUCACCAGUUAAAUUAAAAGGCGAUGAGAUUGACCCUCGUUACUAUGCACCUACUCCAUCGGAACAUUUCAACCGUAAUCUGAGGUUAACGGCCGGUAGUGCAACCAAGGACGAUUUAAAGGUGGAUUUAAAUACUAGCGAAACUGGAUAUAUUGGAAAUGGAAAAUUUUCACCUAGUGUAUUUCAGAGAAUAGGCAGAAACUAUUGGAGUAGUGAAUCAGAGCUUGACCAACAAGAUAAACCAAAGGUUCCACCAAAGAUUCCAGAAGGUUUGACUGAAGCCGAAUACUAUGUUUUAGAAAAGGAAAAAUUCUUGCGGGAUUUGAAUGGUAACAGAAUAUGAAUGUAAUAAUUAAUACUACAAACCUUUUUUUGGAGAAAGCUCUUCUUACUUUUGUAUAAAUACAUAAAUUAAUAAAACUAAUACACACAUGAGAAUAAAUACGAAACGAAAGUAAAAGCGGAAACCUUAACAAAACAGUUAUUAAUAAAACCAUAUCAAACAAGAUAUAAAUAUAGAAUUGGAGAACAAUGGGGGAAGAAUGGGAUCAUCUGCUUGAUUGUAUGGUUGUUUUGCUUCUGAAUUUAUUCUCCUUAAAAAAAAAAUUCAUGCAGCUACUCUUAUAAUAAAGCAGCUACAAUGGCAAGUAAACCAGCGGCACCAACACCCACAGAAUUACUGAAGGCACCACCAGUAGAAGUUACCUUAUUGGUGGUAGCAGCAGGAGGAGGGGUUGAAGUGGUAUGGUUGGUGUAAGCAGUAGUGUGGAUUGGAACAGUUGAGGCAGAAGUGGUUAUGGUAGUAUUGGUCUUGUUGCUGACAUUGGAACCAACGGCAACAAUACCGUUGUAACGGGCCAAUGCAGUUUGCUUAGCAGCCUUGGCUGAAGCAACUGAUGCGGCGGAGGCAGCAGAAGCUACUGAAGCUAAUGAACUAGAAGCAGCAGCAGCAGCGGAUGCAGCAGAAGCAGAUGAAGCAGAAGCAACUGAUGCAACAGAAGCAACAGAAGAAACAGAUGCGGCAGAUGCGGCAGAUGCAACUGAGGCUUCAGAAGCUGCGGAGGCAGCAGCCAUACUAGAUGAUUCUUCUGGGGUAUAAACGGUUUGGGUGACAGUAACAGUGGUAAUAAUGGUGGUAUCUCCAUCAUCAGCCAUGACGGCAGAAGCUAAUAAAGCGGUGGAUAAAGCGAUAUUCUUGAACAACAUUUUUAAAUUCGUUUAAAAGUCGGUGAUGUUUCGGUUUGUUUUGAUUUUAAUAUGUGGUAGCGAUUUGUUUAUUUUUGCAAAGAAGGAAAACAAGUUGGUUGAGGUUAAAGUAGUAGUUGGUUAUAAAGGAAGGACUAGGGUAAGUAGUAGAAAGCUGGGUUGUGAUGUUUGAAUAAACUUGGAAAAGGUCAAAA